AUUUUUUAUGAAAAUUUCAAUUAUAUCACGUCAUUCUUUAUUUUUCAGGAUUCUAAAUACAUGCUGAUUCCUUGGAUUUGUAACAUCGCCAUUUUUAUAGCUGCAGAUUUUGCUUAUGUUGUCUACAGUUUAGUAGUACAUGCCGUGCAGUGGAACCCUCCGGCAGCUAUUAUAAUAACGUUAGACUUCUUUUUAAAUUCAUUACAUAUAUAUAGUCUUCUAUGCGUGAUAUCUCAAUACCAGGAAUUGAAAGCUGGUCGCGGCAGAGCUUUGGAUGACCAGUUAUACAGGGUACCAAAUGUGCAUUAUAGUUCCCAACCAACAGCAACGAGCUACUUAAGUUCAAGAAAGCAAGUCACUUACUACGAAACGAAACCAACUCCUACACAAAGUCCAACAGGUGCAGUCCCAUCACCAUCGAUAAUACCCGAUAUUUUGUCACCAAAUCUGAGCAGUACUAGAAGAGGAUCUAGAAAAUCAGUAAAAUUCGGCGAUAGCAACUUAAUUCAGCACAAUGGUUCUCAACUGUUGGAUCCAUGGUCGAUAGAGGCACGAUCACCUAUCUUGGUUCCGAAAUCAAUAGACACAGCUCCUUUACUAGAAACCAGCAUCCCAGUGACUCAAUCAAACGUGUAGAUUGUAUUAUAUGACGACAUUUUGAAAUUUAUAUACGUUAUUAAUAAAAAUUUGAAAUGAGA